AUGUUUCUUUCUAAACGUUCGAUUUCCUUGAUUAUUUUGAUCUUCUUCUUCUUUUUAAUCUUUCUCAAAUCUUUCUCAUGGAAUUCUCAAUCCAACGAAGAAUUUAUUCGAAUAAAUUUCGAACGUCAAUCUGAAUGUAAUUUAGAAAAUCCUGGAAAAUGUUCGAAAUUGAAUAAAAGUUUAUUGAUUACAUUUUGGGGCGAACAAUCUUCUCAAUUUUGGUUAACAAAGAAUCUUCAUUUAAAAUAUCCGGAGAGAAAUUUUGAUUAUUUAAUAAUGAUUUAUGAUAAUUCGACUUGGAAUUCUCAUCCAAUUUAUUCCAAGGCGAUUUGGAUUCGUGUUGAAAAUCAAAAACGUUUUUGGUUCAUCAAAAGAUUUCUUUCUCGUCAUUUAAUCGAAUCUUAUCGUUUCAUUUGGAUUCUCGAUGAAGAUGUUCAAUUUGAUUUCCAUCCUUUAACUUACGAAUGUGUUGUAAAUCAUUAUCAAAUUCUUUUAUCAUCACCUGGAAGAUUAUUGGGUUCAUUUAGUUAUUUAAUCACCCGAAUUUCACCUUUAUAUGAAGACAAAAUUGGUCGAUGGACAGAUUUUGUUGAAACGGGUCCUUUGAUUGUUUUCCAUUCAACAGCAUUGGCUUGUCUUUGGAGUUUUAUUAGUGAAAAAGUCAGUUCGGGAUAUGGUUUAGAUUUAAUUUGGUGUCAAAUUCUUUCGGAGAUGUGUUUCAAAAGCAUUUCAUCGAAGAAGAUUUGUGCCAUUUUAGAUUCAUUCUCCAUGAAUCAUCUUUCACAAGGAAUCAAUACGGUUGACGUCGGAAAUCGAGAAUUACCCGCUUAUCAGGGAUUUUAUCAGAAAUAUAAAACAAAAAAGCAAAGCUUUGGACCAAUUGAUCAACAUUCAUCAAUUUUAUAUUCGUGUACAAAUCAAUCGAUGAUAUGA